ACUUCCGGACGGUGCUGUUCCCACGGCGACCGUGGUACCGUGGACCAGCGCCGCCCUGUAGCCCUCAGUGGAGUAGAGGAGGCGGUGCCUCGGCUCCCGGCUACUUGGAGAGCGAGAGCGUGGCUAGAUACACUUGCUGCAGAGCUGGCACAGCGCGGGGCGCGGGUUCCCUGACAUCUUCGCAGGGUGUCGGGGUACCCCGAGUUGGGCUGGGGGAUGCUACAGGUAGUGGGUCUGGGAGCAUCAGGCCUCGCAUCUCACAGCUCCUCUCUCCUCCUGCAGCUCUGCCUCGUUGGAACCCGUUGUCCCGGAGGCUGGAGCAGGAGCCCGGAGGGGACAGCCCGAGCCUAGGUUUUCCUAGUGUCUUUGCCAAAGCUUAGGAUCAGACUUUGUAACUAAGGCACCUCUCUCCUCUCUGCAUAGUCAAGCUUGUCUCUACUCCCAGAGAGUCAGAGGCUGAAGCUGAGCCUCCAACUAAAGGUAAGUGCUCAACAGGAGAGCAGGGCUUUGGCAACCAAGUGAAUUUUCCCAAGUUUUCAAGACCCAGGCAUGCCAGGAAUAAAAUAAUUCUUAAGAAGAAGACAGCCCGGGGAGCAGGAAUCUAUGCAGGAAUCUCCUGUUCUGAGACCACUUUGUUUAGCUUAGGGCAAAAGCUGGAGUGUCACCCAGAGAGUAGCAGACCCUGGGCUUCAAGUACCUGAAACAGCCCCUGGCCCAUUUGCUGGCAGAACAAGUUUGGGUGAUAUCACAUCAAGGGAUUAUCUGGGAUUUAGUUUAGUGGAAAGUUUGCUAGGAGGAGAUAGGGCAUCUUGCUUUAGGGCAGUGGUUCUCAACCUUCCUAAUGCUGCACAGCCCUUUAAUACAGUUCCUGUGGGUCACAACACACAGGUUGAGAACUGCUGCUUUAGGGUAUACUUAGGGUGUGGGCUGGGAGCCAGAGGGUCUCCAUGACACUUGGAGGACCCCCGACCCAGUCUCUAAACUCACAUGCAGUUACUUCCAUCCUCUCCUGUCUGUGUAGCUAUAUCACUAGCUCUCCCCAUCCAAUAAGCACCUCCAUACCUGGCUUCUAGCAAGAUAUAAACCCCUUAUUACGAUAGUCAAGGAGUAGAGGUUGCUUUCUUAACCUAAGAGUUUUCUGUUUUUCCUUCUCAUGUUAAAGACUAAAGAAAAUGGGCGUGAGAGAGGUGUUCAGAGCCACCCAAUUCACUAGAGGCCGAGCCAGCACUAGCACCCUGGGCUCCUGUCCACCAGGCAGGGGCUGCUUCCACUGUUCCACAAUUCAGCGCUAGACUUGCCCCUUCCCACCUUCUGCUCCUUCAGACCUCAUGGAUUUCCUUUCCUCCAGGGGAAGGACUUUGAUAGAAUCUCAUGGGGAGAAAACACAGUAAGAUGAUGUAUUUAUGUUUUUAUGAAAUAUUUAAAUAUAAACAAUGAGCACGUGUUUAUUGUUUAAAAACUUAGUUAAGAAAAAGAAAUCUUAGCAUGCAAAGACAACCAUUGUUAAUGUUAUUAACACAUUGAACCUUCAGAAUCUUUUCUUUAUAGACAUAUGCUAACGUAACCCAUUACAUGUGCUGCAGUUGAUGUAUACCAGCAGGAAAUGGAGUAAAGUGUCUCUAGCCACUGUUUUUGACCUAUACUGUUGGGUCUGCCUUUCUAUAUUUACCCUCCUGGGGCUGCUGUUAGAGUACCACACGUUGGGGGCUUAAAUAGCAGAAAUAUAUUAAUCUCACGGUUCUGGAGCCUGGAAGUCCAAGAUAAGGUAUUGAUGGGGUUGGUUCCUUCUGAGGCUAUGCAGGAGGAUCUGCUCCAGGCCUGUUCCCUGGCUUCUGGGGGAUGCCGGCAGCCUCUGGUGUCCCUUGGCUUGUGGCUGUAUCCCCUUGACCUUUGCUUUCAUCCUCACCCAGUGUUCUCCCUGUAGGUGUUCGUGUCCAGACUUCCUCUUGUGAUAAGGACACGAGUCAUAUUACAUCAGGGCCCACCUGUUGACCUCACUUUAACUUGAUCACCUCUGUAAAGACUCUGUUUCCAAAUAAAGUCACAUGCUGAGGCACUGCAGGUUAGAACUCUGGCGUGUCCUUUGGGGCAGGGGACACAAUUCAACCCAUAACACUUUUUAACCAGAAUCGAAUCCAGGGAAACCCCACAGCUGCUCAGUCACUUCAGGUUAUGGGGGGUGGGGUUGGUUGCCUCGCCUCGAUUGCUAAUGGUCUCUGCAAAUGUUUUGCUCAUGUCCAGUUUCAAGCUUCUGUCUUCCUCCCUGCAGAGGUGCUGUCUGGGGCCACCCCAGGGGAAAGACCUCCAUAACCAUCGCUCCUUGGCCUUUAACUCUUCCUUCUCUUCAUGGGACAGCCUUCUUCUUUAGGGUGGAGUACAGGGAAGGGGAAAUGGAGGGAAGUGGCACAGUUUUCUCCUUGUGUGGUCUUGUAGUUCCCACCUGCCUGUUGAGGCCACUUGGUGGCUUUUCGUUGGGUGCAUAGCCUGUGACACCACCAGGGGGCUCUCCAGACCUCUGUUCACCACCCCACCCUCAACUCCUGCCCAUUGGUGCCCACCCCUUGGGGCUGGCUCUCCUCACUGGGGCAGUAGCCUGCAUAGUCAGUGUCCUCAUCCUCAUAGUAAAGCUCAAGCCCCUUUGGGUACCUUUAUCCUCUUGACUCCCAAGGAAACUCUUGCAUCUUUGUUCUAACAAAUGCUGGGAAUGCUGUGGGCUCCCCCAGCCCCCUCGCCUUGAUGCCUUGGUGGCCUUAGCCAGCCUCUGACUUCUGAAUCCUUCAGCUCUGAAGAUGUUCAUGUGGGCCCAAAUGAACUCCCACCUAAUGAUCUGAGAGUGGUUGGGCACAUGCCCCCACCAGGUGUGCUGUGUUAGCUCCUUCCUUGCAGGCAUCCUCUAAGUGCCUUGCCUGGCUCUCUGAGAGCGCCCCUUUUGGCUAGGGAGAGGAGGAGAAAGUCAGUUUCGAUAGACAACUCUUUCCAUAGAUAACCCUCCUUCAAUCAUUUUCCUCCCCCACAGGAAGGAAUUUGUUAGCAUAUGUCUAGCAGCUCCUCCUUAGACUUUAGGGUAUUUGGGAUUUACCUAAAUGCUAAGGCACCUGGAAAAAUCCCAUGCAUUCUCCUAUUGCCCAUCUGUGACACAGACUCAGGUUCCUUGCCUUUUUUACCUAUUGGUAUUGCUGGAAGAUCUUCCCAUGUCAGACGUAUUUUCAGUAUAUUCAACCAAUCUGUAUUUUUAAGCUCUUAGAUAGCACUCAAUUUAAAAAAUGCCCUUAGAAUUAUUUGGGGGAGUUACUGUAAUUCCAUAGUUUUAAUGUCUCUGAAGAGUUCUUGGAUCUUGGUGACAAGAUCUUGGGCCGGCUGGUGACCUUGCUGACUUUGUGUCUGGCCUGAGUGGGAACGCUCCUGAAGUUGGCCUCAAGUCUGCUUGGGAAAAUGACGGGUGUGAGGCCCCGCUGAUGCUUCUGGCUGCAGCACAUUUGAUUCUGAGUGCUUCUGCUCCCCUGGAAGUGAAUAAAGGAGGGGAGGGUGCAGAAGUCUUCAAAUCUUGACCCAUAUUUUAUUAAGUGGCAGGCCCACUUCCUGGGCAGAGAUCAGCAUGAUUUAGCCAGGCUGAUUCUCUAAGAAAAGUUACUUUUCACAAACUGCAACUAUGAGAAGACAAACACAAGUUAAUAGGAUUCACAGAACUGAGAGACCCAUGUUAAUAAAACUCCAGUUGCCUCAGCUAAUCUCCAUUUAAUGACCUCUGCCUGCAAGAACACACUUGUAUAUUUUCCUGUGAAUUUCCUCAACAAGCUGAGCUGGUAGUAGAAGCUUUUGGUUAGAAGAUUGGUAGGCUAUAAAUAUUUAAAAAAUAACUUUAAAACGUGAUCAUAUCUGAGAUACCUGUUUGUCAUAGAAAAGCUCAGAAAUUCAUCUAAGUAUGAAGAAAAAGACUUAAAGAUGAUCAUUAUCUUAUUCCCCAGAGCUAACUACUACCAGCAUUUUAUGCCAUUUCAGAGAUUAUCUCAUAAGGAUGUGGGUGUGCCUGUGUGUAUUGGUUCAAAUAGUUUUCACCCACAUUUUCAAGUGUUGGUAUGCUAUCAAUAAAUAGUUUUCUGUGAUUUUAUUUUUAUUAGCUAUGUGAUGUUUUCGUCCCUUUGAAUGUCAUAUAUUCAUUUAGCCCUUUAAAGUUGGAUAUUUAUUUAUUUCUAUUUUUUCAGAGUUUUAUCAAAUUGUAAUAAAUCUUUUGGCAACUAAAUCUUUGCCUGAACUCCUGACUGUUUCUUCAGAAUAAUUUCUGUUAAUUACAUUUCUGGGUAAAGGGGGAUGGGGUGGCAGUAAAUUGCAUGUUGAUUAUUGAAACAGAUACACAUAUUCAAUAAGUUAAAAAAAAAAUCAAGUGUGAGCCUCACAAGAUUAGUUCCCUACCACAUUGUGAAGAUGAAGGCUUUGCUCUGAUAAAGGGGCUCCUUCCAGGAAGCCUUUUUUUCAUGUGUGCCUGGGGUGGCCCAGCGCAAGGCCAGCCUGGCCUCUCACCUCCUCUCUCCCCUACCCCGAUGUCUACCUUCGCAGGUAUCUGCUUUCCCAGAACAGCAGAGAAGAGGCAUGUCACAGGGGUCACUGUCAUUUAGCGAUGUGGCUGUGAGCUUCACUCGGAAGGAGUGGCAACAGCUGGAUGCUGCACAAAGGACCCUGUACCGGGAUGUGAUGCUGGAGAACUAUAGCCACCUGGUUUCAGUAGGAUGUCAAAUUGCCAAGCCAGCUGUGAUCGCCAGGUUGGAGCAGGGGAAGGAGCCAUGGAUGGACAAAGAGGAGAUGCACAGGUGGAGCUUCCCGGAAGUUUGGCAUGUUCUUACACAAGUAGAUAGACAACAGGAACACCAAGACAAAUGUUCAAGUGCAUCACACCUAAACCAGAAAAAUUUGAACAAAAAAGGGUUCCAAGAAUGCAAUGAACUUGGAAAAAAUAAUUUGCCUCAGAGCACAAACCUUGUUCCCUCAAGACAAACAGGCCACACAUGUGACUCCUGUGGAAAGAGUUUGAAAUGUAAUGUGGACCUCACUCCUAACUCCUAUCUUGCAAGAAGGAGAUUUGAGUGUGACAGACAUGGAAAUGUAUUUCUCUAUGCUAAGCUUGAAACUCCACAGCCUGGGGAGAAUCGUCGUGAAUGUAGCCAGUGUAAAAAAGCUGUAAGCCACGACAAAGCCCUUAAAGCAGGUCAGGAAACCGAUAGCGGCGAGAAACCCCACAGGUGCUGGAGAUGCGGGAAAGCCUUCUCCCGCAGAUCCGAACUCAUCGUGCAUCACCGAGUCCACAGAGGCGAGAAAUCCGAUGGGUGCAGCGAACAGAGGAGUGGUGUCAGGGAGGUUUGCCUCAGCAGCCAGGGAAAUCACGCAAAAGAGAAACCAAGUGGAUGCAGCGAUCGUGGUAAUAAAACCGCCUCCCGGCAGACAGGCCUGCCUGCAUCUGAGACGAUCCGAGCUGUGGCGAAGCCUUACAAAUGUUCGGAGUGUGAGAAAACCUUCUCCCACAAGUCGCGUCUCAUCGAGCACCUUCGAUCUCAUACAGGCGAGAAGCCCUAUGGCUGCAGAGAAUGCGGGAAGUCCUUCUCUCGGAAAUCCUGCCUCAUCAUACACUACAGAAUCCACACCGGAGAGAAGCCCUACGGGUGCGGCGAAUGUGGAAAAGCCUUUUUCCAAAAGUCACACCUCAUCCUGCACCAGCGGACUCACACGGGCGAGAAGCCGUACGGGUGCAGCGAGUGCGGGAAGGCUUUCUCCCAGAACUCCUGCCUCAUCAUCCACAAGAGGACUCACCUGGGAAAGAAGCCCUACGAGUGCUCCGACUGCGGGAAGACCUUCUCCCAGAAGGCGAAUCUCAUUCGACAUCACAGAAUUCACACCAGGGAGAAACUGCACGGAUGAAUGAGCGAGAGAGUCAUCGUCAAGAAGUCACCACACAUCUGGAAAUGAAGACCUGUGGGCGUUCUCGGUGCCCAGGAGCCCUAAGCAGGAAAUCCAUGGCCAAUGUCUGCAGACAGCCACACCAAGGUGACAUUCUGCCUACAUAGUGGGUUAGGGAAAGCUUCGACUGUCCAAAUUAACGAUGAGAGGAUAAUGGUGUGCUAAAGUGAUAUAUUUUUAUAGUAUAUGCUUAAUUAUAAAGAGUAUCUAUGUCAACUGUGAAGAUCAAGCUUUAAAUAUGGGAAUAAAUCAUUGAGAUAACAAAUUUAAUAAGCAUCAGAACAAUCCCAGAAGUAUAUAGGGAUUAGGUUCCUGAGCUACAUAAAAUAAUCUUUAUUUAUUUUUGAGUCACAUUGGUGAGCUGAACAUAACUGUGAAUUUGUAGAGAUGUACACUAUAAUAUAUACAGUAAUAUCUAUCAAGAUUUUCUUUUUCUUUUUUUUUUUCCAGUUUUUUUUUUUUUGGCUGGGGCUGGGUUUGAACCCGCCACCUUCCAACAUAUGGGGCCAGCGCCCUAUUCCUUUGAGCCACAGGCGCCGCCCAAUAUCAAGACUUUCUAUACUAAAGUACACCCUUGUUUUGUGAUGUAUAACAGGAACAAUAAGAAUUUAUUACUAAACCAGCAGUCCGUCUUUAGUACCACCUGCCAUUUCAUCUGCUGUUUUGCUGGUGAGUAUUACAGAGCUCCUGAUCUGGAAGCUAGCGAUUUCAUGGUAUCUUCUGAAAUCUCUCCAUCAACCAGUUUAUAAGUUCUGUUUACAUGUUAAAUGUGUAAAGUUGGGGCUCUUUUCUUGGGCAAUAUGGUGAAUUAUUUAAGUGAAAACCCUUCCACUAUAGAGAACUAGAAAUGAUGGACAACGCAAGGCUUAACAUUUUUUUCAAUGCAUAAUUCAGCUCAUAAGGAAACAAGAGAAGUUUCCAGAUGCCAGCUAUAUAGAAGGAACUGAAAACCAGAAAUAAAAUCUGUGACUUGAUGCUACAGCUCCACUGUGUGUUUAAUUUUGUUUACCCAGAAGCUCCAGUGUUAACAGACUAUAGAGGACAAGAUGCAGGUCUUGGGGCCACACAAGGCAGAAUUGGCCCUUGGCCCUGAAAUAACUCACAAAUCCAGAACUUUCAGAAGGCGGUAGAGGGAGGAGGUGGCCUAGAGACAGAAAGCUUGUCUGUCUCUCUUUUGGUAGUUUUUAAGAGUUUACCUGAUUGAGUCAUAAGCACCGAGCUGCAUCUCAUGUAAGUUAGAGUUUUAAAUUUGUUCUAUUGUCCCCAUAGAAAAAUUGAACAUCAUGGUCUUUGAAACAACUUUCAGAAGAAAACACAAAAUAUUCUGAAGUUAUCCACUGCCUUGACACCUCAACUUAUGUUUCUGAGGAUUCUGACAUAUGAACUCAAGUGGCAUUUGUUUUGUGUGGGGAAGAGUACAUGGGAGACGUCAGUACUUCCCUCUCCAUUUGCUAUGAACCUAAAACUGCUC